GGAUCCAAAGGGCUACCUCUAAACCAGUUAGGAUCCAAAGGACUUCCACUAAACCAGUUAGGAUCCAAAGGACUAUCUCUAAACCAGUUAGGAUCCAAAGGACUACCUCUAAACCAGUUAGGUUCCAAAGGACUACCUCUAAACCACUUAGGAUCCAAAUGACUACCUCUAAACCACUUAGGAUCCAAAGAACUACCUUUAAACCACUUAGGAUCCAAAUAACUAACUCUAAACCACUUAGGAUCCAAAUAACUACCUCUAAACCACUUAGGAUCCAAAGAGCUACCUCUAAACCACUUAGGAUCCAAAGAGCUACCUCUAAACCAGUUGGGAUCUAAAGAACUACCUCUAAACCAGUUGGGAUCUAAAGAACUACCUCUAAACCAGUUAGGAUCCAAAUAACUGAUCAAGACUAAGGAGCUAUGGCUAGACCAGUUAGGACUAAAGGACAUUGUCUUCCAUCAAUAACGAUCAUCCUGAUGUUUUGUGUUCUCAGAACCGUCCAGCGAGGUCGGACUGUUUAACGUUCUUGCUGACCCUCCGGGUCCAGAGGAGGAAGAGGAAGAUGAAGAGGAGGAAGAGGAUGAGGAGCAACGAGCCCGGAGAGAGGUGUUUGAGUUUGAGCUGUCUGACCGACCACUGCUGCCCUGCUACAACAUCCAGGUGUCUCUGUCCCAGAGACCCAGGAACUGGCUCCUCCUCUCCGACGUCCUGGGUCGUCUCCGGAUGACGUCUCGGUCUUUCCGGCGUCUCUUCCCUCAGCUCAACGUUCGGUCUGUCGGCGAGGACGAGUUCUACCGGCAGGCCCGCCAGUCGCAGCUCCUCACGGGUCCGGACGAGCGGGAGCUGGCCUCCUUCAGACCAGACGUCAGGGACCCCCUGGAGCUGGUCGAGGCCACUCCGGAGCUCGCCGGCAUGCUCGGCUCUUCUCUAGAGUUUGUGCACAGUCGUUGGGACUCGCUGGAGGCGUCUCCGCCUCCGACGCCGCCGGCGGGGCAACGUUUCCCACCGUUAUUACCGCCAGAAGCCAGAUCUGCAGAGUCUGGACUGAGUAUUAAGAAUCUGGGAUGUUCGGAAACCAACAUGAACGCUAGGAUGUGGGAACAUCCAGGAAGUAGAAACACUGCUGUUCCUCUUCCUGCAAAGCCAAACGUGAUAGCGACUGCUAGCAUGUGGGAGCCGCAAAGACAGCAAAGUAAGAACAUUUGGAUCCCAAAUUCUGCUAAUUCGGACUCUAAGAUGGACUCUAGGGAACAACAACAAGGAGCAAAGUCCGAGGCGGCGGUUUGUGCGAACACGUGGGUACCACAGCGACUAAGAAGCAGGAGCUCGGACACCAAAGUGGACCCACAGAACCCUGCUAAUCCUGCAACCGGUGCCGCAGAUGCUAACGCAUGGAAGCGACCGAACCAAGGGCGACCGACCAGCGGGGUUUCGGACUCUACGAACCGAGGCACUUUGGUCGAUGCCCAUGUUUGUGAGACGCAACGUCUACGAAGUAAAACCGCUGGGAUCACGAGCCCUGUUAGCGUCCCGGCUACGGACGCUAAUGCGUGGGAACGCCAGGGAGUAAAGAGGGCGGGGGGCACCACCACCACCAGCAGCACUGACGCCCACGGAGGCAAGACCGUAAAGAUGGAUGCCGCCUGGCAGAGGAACCUGGGCAACCUCAGAGUCCACAUCAGGGACCUGGGGUUGAAAGUUGGGGGGGAACCAUCCAGAGAGACACAAAGAAAGACCCGGGGAAGGCUGCCGGGAAGGGGGUCCGGGUCAAAUCCAGGUCAUGACGGUGUAACCAGGGGAGUCCAGAAACCAGUUCAGUAAACACCGUGACGGUGUCGUGUGCUACGUGUAAACUGUGAAUAUGCAUCCAGAUGUCACUGUUGUUAAAAUGAGUUCUUUGUAAAUGGAGUCUGGUGUAAAUACGACGUUUGUUACCUUUUGUUUGUCAUUUUGUAUUCAGGUCACCGAACUAUUUAUUGUCCAAUAAAUGUAAAGAACACGUCGUCUGGACUCAAGCUCAUUAUGCAGAUUAUCUAGCAUGGACAAGGACGU